AUGAGAUUUCCGCUCCUUGAAUCUCUGGCGAUCCUCGCAGGCGCCUGCCAUGUGCAAGCUAAAGCAGUGUUUGCCCAUUUCAUGGUAGGAAACACGGAGAAGUACACCCUUGACACCUGGCGUGACGACAUCCGCCUCGCUCAAGAGGCUCACAUCGACGGUUUUGCCCUCAACAUUGCCCAUGGAGAGCCCAUGAACGAUGCCUCGCUCAAGAACGUCUUUGACGUGGCCAGUUCCAUGGGCUUCAAACUCAUCUUUUCUUUCGACUACGCCGGCAGGGGCCCGUGGCCCAAGGACACCGUCCUCGAUCUCCUAAAAACCUACGCUACCCGCUCGACAUAUUUCAAGCAUAGUGAUGGCACUCCUCUUGUGUCCACCUUUGAAGGCCCCGAACAAGCGUCAGAUUGGGUUGACAUCAAGCGUUCUUUCCCUUGCUUCUUCAUGCCUGAUUGGUCCUCCAAAGGAGCCAAGAGGGCGUUAGAAUUAUCGAAUGGCGUCGCUGAUGGACUCUUCAACUGGGCUGCGUGGCCUUGGGGAAACAGGAACAUGGACACAUAUGUGGACGCUUCGUACUAUCAGUAUUUGGAUAAGAAGCCCUACAUGAUGCCUGCUGCGCCUUGGUUCUACACCAAUCUCCCUGGCUUCCAUAAGAACUGGCUUUGGCGCGGAGAUGAUCUAUGGCAUGACCGCUGGAUCCAAAUCGUCUACAAUCAGCCAGACUACGUUGAGAUCAUUUCCUGGAACGACUACGGAGAGUCUCAUCACAUCGGACCUCUUCGGGAUCAUGCCAUGGGCGCUUUUGAGACGGGCAAGGCCCCGUUCAACUUCGCCAAGAACCUUCCUCAUGAUGGUUGGCGAAUGACUCUACCCUUCUGGAUUGACUACUACAAGAACGGAAAAGCUACUGUGACAAAGGAGGGCGUCAUGGGCUGGUUCAGAACGACCCCGGCCAAGGCCUGUGGUGAUGGUGACACGUCCGGCAACACCGCCAGCCAGUUGCAGUUGGAGUUCUCGCCAGCCGAAGUUAUGCAGGACAGGAUCUUUUUUUCAGCUGUACUGGGCUCCUCGGCAGACGUUACCGUCAGCGUCGGUGGUACCUCGCAGGCUGGAACGUGGACAUCAGUCCCCGACGGAGGCAUUGGCGUCUACCACGGAAGCGUUCCUUUCCAAGGCAGCGGUUCAGUUGUCAUCACUCUUCAAAGAGGAGGAGGUACUAUCGCAACCAUCACCGGUGGUUCUAUCACUGGGACCUGCGCAGAAGGCGGCCUCACCAACUGGAAUCCGUGGGUUGGAAGUGCCAUGGCCGCGGGAUCCAUUUCAGCCACACCGGCGUCAUCGCGCGAUGAGCAGAAGUGUAUCAAGGGUACAGGAGCAACCGGCUUCACCACACUCUGCGAAUUCACCUGCAAGUAUGGUUACUGCCCCGUCUCGGCAUGCCAAUGUCUUGCUAUCGGCAAACCUAUUCCAGAGCCUACUGGGACCGGUGCCACAGGUUUCCCAGCUGCCGGCAAGAGUGAGAGCUACACAGGACUCUGCAAGUGGGCAUGCAGUCGUGGAUUCUGUCCCUCGGAGUCCUGCAGUCCAACCGAACAACCCAUCAUCGUUCCUACCGUCUCGGAAUUUCUUCCUCCAGCAUGCACUCAGGGAAGGUCCGACAACGGCCUCACGGGCUUGUGUCAAUAUGCUUGCAACUACGGCUUCUGUCCAAUAGGCGUCUGCUCGUGUACCGGGCAAGGCGGUUUGACGGAGCCGCCGGCACCCAAGGACACGACAGGCGAAGCCUUGAACGAUGGCAUCAAGGACUUUGGACUGUGUCAGUUUGCUUGCUCCCGUGGCUACUGUCCCGGCGAUGCGUGCAAACUCGACUAUCCUAUUGAGGAAGGAGACACGUGCGAUACGAAUGAUAACACGUUCUCUCGGGAGGCUAUGCCUGGCGUUGAGCAUGCCGUGUACCCGCUGGUCGACACCAACACGUACUACAUGACAAUCGUCAAUCUUACUCCGUACCGCUUUCGUUACCUGAAAGACCGUUCGCACUAUUACCAGGUUCAUGGCGAGUUCGGCGAUAUCCCACCUGGACAUGCGCGCCAGAACUUGGUGGAGUUCGGAGUCGGUGGCGAGAGCAGAGUCGAUGACAACGGCGAGGCUUACUUCGAGGUCGUCGGCACGAGCCGAGAGUUCCACGUGAAGGCCACGACGCACUAUCCUCACAGCAGACCUCAACGAUUCGUGGUCAAUCUGGAUGGUUGGGGCUUAGGCACCAGAGAGUACGAGAUUCCUGGGUCUGAAGUCUCUGUCACCUUUGUCAUCACGGGCAGCGAAAGCUAUGGAUACCACCAUUCGCUCACGCUUGACAGCUCACCCGAGGGCUGGAUGGGUUCCAUCAGGGAGGCUAUCAAAGGAAGACAAGUGAAGCAUGUCAUUGUACCUGGUGCCCAUGACUCUGGAAUGAGUACCAUCGGUAAAUACAAAUGGGGCGGCGUCGCGGCGGACACCCAAACGCAGGCAUACGGUAUCGAGAAACAACUCCAGCUCGGCGCGCGUUACUUCGACCUUCGACCUGCACGUGUGCCGGCGAGCGACAAUGGGGAGUUCCACAUCUUCCACGUCGCCGAUCCACGAGGAACCACAGUCGUCGGAGCAUCAGGAGUGACGCUGUCUAGCGUUGUCGAUGGAAUCAAUGCCUUCUAUGACAGUACUCCUGGCGAAGUCAUCUUCCUGUGGAUGAGAGACAUGGUCGCUUUUGAGCCCGGUGCGGGCGGUGACGCCUUCGACAAGGAAGAGAUGGCCGCGUUCUUCAAGAAGCUGAAGGAAAUCAAGUACCGGUGCCCCGAUCUCACCGCAGCGACCAAGUUCCAGAACCGGCUGAUGGGUGAGUUCAUGUCAAUGAACGACGGCAAGGGAUGUGUGGCCAUUAUUCUUGACCAAUUCGGUGUCGAGGACGGCGUCCCGAAGGAUGAUCCGGCGUCGGGCAUCUAUCUCGCAGGUACACACAUGGACCGUACCGAUAGAUGGGAGGAUGGCAAGGGAGGCAAUGUUCAAAACCUCCUCGACUUCCAGGUCUCAGGCUUCGGGGACAAAGACCGUGCACGCUCUGACGGUGCGAAGAACGACGAGUUCUUCGUGUCGCAAUGGCUUCUCAACGCCGCUCACUUUGACGCGCUGACCUACGAGCUCGAGAACUUGGCCAACUACAUUACUACACCCAUGCUGUACUACGGUGGCGUGGCAAAUAUGUCCCCGACAUCGUUUCCCACGGUGCUUCUGAUGGACUAUAUCGGGAUUCGCGUCACGUACGAUCGUAACUGGGACAAUGCCGCGCCCGAGCUGCGGACGUUAGCGCUAGGCUUGAACCUAUACAUGGCCAGUGAGAACUGCUAUGUCAACAAGCGACGACACCCGUUGUUCAAGAAGUCGAACAAGAGGCUGCCAUCUCCGUGGAAUGGAAUCAUCUAUGCGAACGGUACGAAGAUUGACAACCCGCCUGCUCACUUUGACCCGUGGCGGGUUGAUGUCUUGAGGAACGGAACAGUGUUUGGUAAUGGUACUGUUCUGAUGAGAAAUAUCACUAACCCCUUUUGA